CUCUCAUUUUCUCCCGUCUUCUUCUUCCCCCACCGUUUACAGCUGCUAUCAGUGUGUGUAUGUGAGAGAGAGAGUCCCAACCAUUAAUGCAAGGGCUUCAAGUCACAACCUCUCAUCCUCCUCUGUCUUCGAUCUUGUUCUGAGUUGCAAAGAGGGCCAGAGAUCGAAACUCUUCUGCGCGUUCUCCAACUUCAUUCGUGGUUCAGACCACUACCAACAAUCGCUUAGGUGUGUCUCGCCAUUUCUCAGUCUUUAAUAGUCUGAACCAAGACCCAACUAUUCUCCCCUGUUUUGCAUCUACAUCGUGCGUGUGGCUGGUGAGAGCCUUAAUCUUCUCCCUUUUUCUGCUUGGUGCUGGAUUGUGCCUAUGAGUGAGCUCUAUGUUUGGGCCAUUUCCUUAACAUUGAUUUAUCCCUCUCCUUGGUCUAGCCUCAUUCGCUCUGCUGUCAUCAGCAUUGCAAACCUCAAGUCAGAACGCAUCUCCAUCGCCGUCGCAAGAGACUCAUCCAUGGAUCUGCCCUAUCACCAUCUCCUUUGUCGCACCUUCAGUUGGGACCCUGAAAAGAAAUGUGUGACAGCUCCUAAGACUGUUUGGGAUGAAUAUGUGAAGGUAAACAAGAAAGCUGCUAAGUGGAGAAACAAGACUUUCCCCCAUUAUGAUGAGCUAUCUAAUAUCUUUGGGAAGGAUAGGGCAAAUGGAAAGGAUGCUCAAACGUAUGAAGAUAUCGUUAAAGAGUUUCAUGAUCAACAUGGGUUUACUUCACCCAUAGAAGAUACUCCUAUUGAGCACAUUCUAACUGAAUCUCAAAUGGAUGGAUCACAUGCCAAUACUUCACCACAAGAGAACUCUCCAAUUGAGCUAUCCCCUUUUGAUGCAACUUCCGGUGCGAAAAAGAGGAAGCGAAACAGCACUGAAGCUCAACCUUCCAUGCUUGAAGGCAUGAAAAUGAUUGUUCAAACACUAGCUGAUGGGUUGUGUGAACACCAUAUUUUAUCCGAGUUCCGACUUGUUGCCACUGUUGGGUCUUCUGCUCCUAUCACGGCCAAUGUGUUCAGUGCAUUCUUAAGAUUCAACCACUCAUCUAAAUCUACGGCUAAGCUUCCUACUAGAGAUCCUCUUGCAACGUUCCAAGCACCUACCAAGAUUCUAAAAUGGGCAAAAACUAAAAGACUUGGGAAAUGUUCGAGAUCUCAGCUUUUGGUUCUCUUCGUCCCUUACUCUGGUCAUAUGGUCCAGUCCAUUCAGGCCACACCAAUGAUGAGAGGCAAGGUAACUAGCAAAUUGCUAGAGUUGUGUCAUACUAAGGGUGUGUCUGAUGUGGUGUAG